AUGCUGUGGGUUGGUUAUUACAUAGUUUUGCACAUGUCAUGUUUAGGAAAUAUGGAAGUGGACAAUGCAGCAACCAUAGAAAAUGGUAGCAAUGGUGAUAGCGGUAAAAGUGUGGUCGAAACUGCAGCUGGUGUGGACCAGGAUAGAAUUCAUAUUUCUCCAGUGCCUAAAUUCUUCGGUUUCAAGCAAUUCAAGAAACUAUUAGAAAAACAUCUUUCUGGCAUAACUAUUGGAAAAAUACGGCAAAUGAAAUUCGAUGCCUAUGUCAGCUUCAAAUCUGCCGAGGAUGCGCAAGCAGCCAUUUCGAAGCUCAAUGGGUUAGAGGUGAAAAAGACUGUUCUGAGAGCUCAACUUGCCCAAUCCGAGCAAAAGAGUGUCUUGCCUAAGGACACUCAGUCAUAUAAAGUCAGAACUGCUAGGGAAAGCGUAACAAAACUUGCGGAUGUCCCCUAUAGUGAACAGUUGUUGCAAAAGACUAGAACCUCUUUUAAAUUAUGUGAUAGGCUAAUCGCCGAAAUGAGGAAGGCAAAUGUUGAGGACGUCAAUCAACUGCUCCCUGCGGAACUUCUAAAAGAGAUAAAACCGUCGCCGAAGACGACAGGCUAUCGCAACAAAUGCGAGUUCACCAUUGGCCUCACGCAUGAAGGGCAGGUUUGCGUUGGAUUUGUUGGUGGGCGCUUCUCCAACAACGAGCAUUACGUCAUCCCUAUUGGAGAUGUUGAUAAUAUCACCUUGAUGACGAAAAAGAUUGUCGAAGCCGUGACCAAUUUUGUGCAGGCUUCAGGUCUGCCUCCAUUCGACGAAUUUUCUCGCGUCGGUGUCUGGAAGAUGCUCACUGUGCGGCAGUUUGGUGGAGACGUGAUGCUCAUUCUCACUGUCAACCCUUUUGAAGACCAAAACCAGGAAGAAAAGCUCAAGCAGGAGUUCUCUGCGAGGUUUCUUAAUUCCUCAACGUUUCUGGAAGACGGCUUCAGGGUAACGUCCUUGUAUUGGCAUUCUUUAGCCAACAGCAGUGAUCAAGUCGACUACGAACAUAUUGGUGGAUGUCCAUAUAUCUACGAAUCUGUUCUCGGAUGUCGUUUUCGUGUAUCACCUUCUGCGUUCUUCCAAACCAACAGCCAAGCGGCCGCUGUCUUGUAUACGACUGUUGGAGAAGCUUGCGGGCUCACCGCAUCGCCAUCACUAUCAGUGGAAGCGAACAAGAGAGAUGUGGAAGAAUUCAGUCCAAAGCGUCAGAGACUAGAUGAACCUAUUGAUGAAGAUUUUAAAACCAAGUUACUACUGGACAUCUGUUGCGGAACGGGUACCAUUGGCCAAUGUAUCCUCAAAGAAUUCAAGAAAAACAAUGAGGUAUUCUGUGUCGGUAUUGAUGUAAUAGAAGCAGCUAUAGCGGAUGCUAGAGAAAAUGCUAAAGGCAAUGGAUUGGGAGAUGACGUAUGUUGUUAUAUUGCCGGAAAAGCAGAAGACGUUUUCUCAUCGUUACGGUUCACUCUCCCUUCUGGAAUAGAUCUCGCUCAUUCAAAUGUUGUCGGGGUGAUGGAUCCGCCCAGAUGUGGGGUUCAUGACAAAGUUGUACUCGGAUGUCGCAUGAUGGAGUCUCUACGACGACUCGUUUUCGUUUCUUGUGAUCCAGCUGCAGCUAUGAAAAACAUUGUUGAUCUUUGCCGUCCAACCUCAAAGAAGUACGCCGGCAGACCGUUCAAAGUGGUAUCGAUAAGGCCGGUUGAUAUGUUCCCGCAGACACCGCACAUCGAAUGGGUGCUGACUAUGGAGCGCUGA